AACAUGGGAGACGUAAAAUUCGGAAUUUUAACUGUUAGCACAUCGUGCCAUGAAAAUCCUGCAAAAGAUCUGGCUGGACCGAAGCUGGCAACUGCAACUGCUGAGGCUUUCCCCAGUUCCCGAAUCACCUUUAAGAUGAUUGUGACCGAUAGUUUUCCAGAGAUCGUGAAUGCUUUAAAGCUGGCAACUCAGCCGAACGUUUGUGAUGUUCUUUUCACUGUUGGAGGGACUGGAUUUGCUCCAAGUGAUGUCACUCCCGAGGCCACCAGAGCUGUGAUCGAAAAAGAGGCUACUGGAUUGAGCUGUGCGCUGAUCGCUAAAAGCUUAGCCAUAACCGAUAUGGCAAUGUUAUCCCGACCAGCUUGCGGCAUCAAAAAUCGGACCAUAAUCGUAAAUUUUCCGGGCAGUGCCAAAGCAGCGGUGGAAUGUUUCGGUUUCAUAAAAACAUCCAUCCUGCAUGCUGUGGCCCUUCUCAACGAGCAGACCGACAAUGUUAAAUGGGAGCAUCAGCGAAUUCAGCAGGAAAGUAAGGUAAAACUCGGCUCCGGCGGGUUCCUGAAGCGAAAAUCCCCAUUUCCCAUGCUGGAAGUGGACACGGCCCUAGAUUUAAUUCGUCAUCAAGUAGCCCCAAUUGAAGAGAGUGAAGAAAUUGCAAUUGAAAAUGCAGCUACUCGUAUUUUGGCUGAAGACAUCAAAGCACCGCAUCCAAUUCCGUCUUUUCCGGCUUCAAUUAAAGAUGGAUAUGCUGUUCGACAGUCAGAUGGCAUGGGAAGAAGACGGAUUAGAGCUGCGGUUGCAGCAGGAGAUGUUCCUGACUCUGAAGAGUUACAGCCUGGUGAAAUAAUCAGAAUAUCGACUGGGGCGCCAGUGCCUGCGGGAGCUGAUGCUGUUGUCCAAGUUGAAGACACCCAAUUGCUGGAAACAUCUGAAACUGGGGAUGAAGAUCUGGUUGAAAUCCUGGUGGCGCCAAAAAUCGGGCAGGAUAUUAGACCGAUUGGAAGCGACAUACAGGCUCAGAGCGUCGUUCUGAAGCAGCACGCCUCAAUAACUCCUGCUUAUAUUGGAGUGCUGGCAAUGCUGGGAAUUUCCAGAGUUAAAGUGAUAAAGCGACCAGCUAUCGGAAUAAUUUCCACUGGAAACGAGCUUGUUAGCUUCAAAGGGCCGUUAAAACCAGGUCUCAUUUACGAUAGCAAUAAAGUGAUGUUGCUUACAUUGCUUAAGAGCUUCGGCUAUAUAGCUGAUGACUGUGGAAUUGCUAAAGAUACACCCAACAGUUCCAAAUCCAUCCUGGAAAAUGCCCUGAAAGCCCACAAUUUUAUCAUUUCAACUGGAGGAGUGUCGAUGGGAGAGUUCGACUUCUUAAAGCAAGUUUUAGUGGAGGAUUUCGGCGCCCAAGUGCAUUUUGGCAGGGUAAAUAUGAAACCAGGGAAACCGACCGUAUUUGCGACUCUUAACUUCGAAGGCAAGUCCAAGAUUGUUUUCGCACUUCCAGGCAAUCCAGUGUCCUGUUUUGUCACGACGCUUUUGUUUGUGCUUCCCACAUUAAAAUACUUGGAAAAUGAUCAGCAAUUCAUUGGAUGGCCGACUGUUGACGCUAUUUUGGAGGAGGGAAUUAGGAGUUCCGACGCUAGGCCUGAGUAUGUGCGGGUGAUCGUUUCUCGAAACGAGCAAAAUACGUUGAUUUGCAAAUCAACCGGAAAACAAAUCAGUAGCCGCCUGACCAGCACAGUGGACGCAAAUGGACUCCUGCUAUUGCCUGGACGUGCCGCAUUUGAAGCAGGAGAGAGUCACCCUGUCUACUUAUUUGGCUCGAUUUUUUAAACGGAAUUGUGCAUUUUCACUCGAAUAACUUAAUGAUUCUCAACAAAUAUUAAACAAACAAAAACCAAUAUUUUGUACCUAAUAUACUUGCAUAGUGCUUUAUCAUAGAAAAACAUUAACAAAACAUAAAACAACUAAAAUAAUACUUAUUCAUGUAGGGUUAGUAGCUUAAAUGUAAGACAUCAAGGGCAGUCUAUGCCACCAUUUGUACGUGCACUUCAACUUGUAAUGGCUUUUUGGCUCUUUGGCGAUGAGCGCAAUGUCCAAAAUAUCUAACGCUCUUUCAGUUAGCACUCGAGGCUGAUAAUUCAGGAGUCCGUUGAUUGUAAUACACACGUCAUCUGUUUCAGGAUUCCUGCAAUUUAGACAAACAGUUCUUCUUAUUUGGUUGGAUUUUCGAUGGUUCACAUUUCAGGAGAAUCAAUUUUCGCCCAAUGCAACAAUUCAGUAUGGAAACCUAUAGUUUCUUUACUAAUUGCUAAUUUGUUUCCAUAACUAACAAAUUAAUAUUGAUUUCUUAUUUCGGUUCUUAAUACGUAAGUUUGAAAAAAAUACUUCCACUCUAGUUAAAACCAGAAAUGCUGUGCACAAUUUUAUCAAACUAAACAGGUACCUUCUCCUGCACACAUUGGCACCGAUUUCGAUAAUUUUGGAGAAAAUAAUAAUUCAAAACUAUGUAUUUUGGAUACACACUCCAGAUUUAAACUUAAUAUAAUAUGUAGUAUCAUAUGGAAAUUGUCACAUUAAUACAAUAUAAAUGCUGUAUUUUGUCAAA